ACCAAGGUCGUUUACUACGAAACCGUUGGAGUGAAAAUAGAAUCAGAACAUAUCACCCUCUCAUGAUAUAGCCCAGUUACUGGGAGUGAAAAUAGAAUCAGAACUGCAGAACUUAAUUUGAUUUUCCUGAGCAAAAUACUUACUGAAGAGAAACACAGCAUGUUCAUAUCAAAGACAUUCAGCACCCAAAUGGGUGGGUGAAUGAAGAUGGUAGAAGCUCUUGGAAGAGGCGAAUGGAACUGUCUGGAAAAGAAAUUACGACCACUGUGUAGACCAAAGACAGAGAAGUCCUACAGUUUGUGGGUCGACUUCACGAGAAGGCUCUAGAUGUAAAAAUAAAGGCAACACUUUUGCUAGCCUGUAAGGUGCUAGAGUUCUCUUAUCUAAUGAUAUAUAUAGACCCCCGAUCCCAAGAUUAUAUGAUCAGACAAACCUUCUCUGAGUUCAGCAAAAAAACUUACUCUCGUCACUUACAACAGUUUUCUUAGAGUCUCCAACUAUGUCGAUCAUUCCCAGCCUUCGAGGCAGCCGACUGACCAACGUUUUCGAUCCAUUCUCCCUGGACCUAUGGGAUCCCUUCGAUGGGCUCAUCAGCUCCACGGUGGCGAAUCUGCCCCGUGAAACCUCUGCAUUUGCCAAUGCCAGGAUCGACUGGAAAGAGACCCCCGAGGCUCACAUCUUCAACGCCGAUCUUCCCGGUGUGAAGAAGGAAGAGGUGAAAGUGGAAGUUGAAGAUGGUAGGAUCCUGCAGAUCAGCGGGGAGAGGAGCAAAGAGCAGGAAGAGAAGAACGACAAGUGGCACCGCGUCGAGAGGAGCAGUGGCAAGUUCAUGAGGAGGUUCAGGCUGCCUGAGAAUGCCAAGUUGGAUCAGGUGAAGGCUAGCUUGGAGAAUGGCGUGCUCACUGUGACUGUUCCCAAACAGGAGGAGAAGAAGCCGGAGGUCAAGUCCAUUGAUAUCUCUGCCUGAAGUGCAUGCCCAAGCCGUCUGAAAGCUGAAGGAUCAAGUUGCUGCAAUCUGCAAGAAAUGCUACAAUCACAGAAUAAUUAAGUUUCGGGUUUCUCGUUUGUGUGUGUGUGUGUGUGUGUCAGUGUGUGAUGGUGUUGUGUUUGUGAUUUCUGCAAGUGUGAUCAAUGGAACCCUCUUGGGUUCUGGUUAAUAAAAGUUUAUACUAAAC